CUCAAUAACUGCAGAAUUCCAAACCUCACUUGACAUUUAAAUGAACACAACUGUGCUUUAGGAGCUUCAUGGCAUGGGUUUCCAUCACAAAGGAAAAUGCUCGGGGUACCAGUUUGGCCUCUUAUGGCCAGGCCUGGCUCUUGCUGAUAGAAGUAAAGUGAGAAUGUAAUUGUACUGUCUAUAUCGCAAUGAAAGUGCUGAACGGUUGGAAAGAGAGGGGGGCUUCUCCCCUCCUAUGAGUCAUUUCAGUGGGAUGUCGGGACUUGUAGUUUGCUGAGAGGGGGGGAAGAAAACACACGUCACUACAGACUGCAAGCCCUCCCACAUCCCAGGAAUGCAGGCAUGAAAUCCAGCAUGAGAAAGGAACUACACAUCCACAGAUAACAGAGCCAUAAAGAUGCUGGGCAUGUAUGUGCCAGACAGAUUUUCUCUGAAGUCGUCCCAAGUCCAAGACGGGAUGGGGAUAUACACCAGCAGGAGAGUUAAAAAGGGAGAGAAGUUUGGACCAUUUGCUGGAGAAAAACGGAUUCCAAGUGAAGUGGAUGAAAUUUUGGAUAACAGAUUAAUGUGGGAGGUCCGAGGGAACAAAGGGGAAGUACUGUAUAUCUUAGAUGCCACAAAUCCACGCCAUUCCAAUUGGUUACGCUUUGUCCAUGAGGCACCGUCCCAGGAGCAAAAGAACUUGGCAGCUAUUCAGGAAGGAGAGAACAUAUUCUAUUUGGCUGUUGAUGACAUAGACACAGACACUGAACUUCUUAUUGGCUAUCUAGACAGUGAUAUGGAAGAAGCCGAAGAAGAAACCAAAGAAGUUGUGAAUGUAGUAGCCAAAGAAGAGGAAGAGAACAUUAAGGAAGUUCAGCCAUCUGGGGAGAAAAUUGAAACAGAGCAAAGCAAUUGUAAAGAUGGUCAUGGCUGCCCACUUUGUGAGUCUAGUUUUCCGAGUCAAGAAAUCUUAGCAGAACAUCUUCAAACUUUGCAUCAGAAGCCAAGUGAAGAAAAGGAGUUCAAGUGUAGAAACUGUGGGAAGAAGUUUCCAGUAAAACAAGCUCUCCAACGACAUGUACUUCAGUGCUCAGAAAGUAUCAUCUCCGGAGACACGUCAGGGAGUUAUCAGUGUUCCGUUUGCAAUACCUUCUUCGGCUCAGCGUUGAGCUUUGACCAACACAAAGAGGCCUGUAAAGGAGAUGUAAGGUUUAUAUGCAAGUCUGAUAGUUGUGGGAAGAAAUUUAGAAGCAAAGAUGCCCUGAAAAAGCACAAAGAAAAUGUGCAUGGAAAUUCUAAGAAGAGGUUGAUGUGCACAGUCUGUAACAAAAAAUGCUCAUCAUCCGUUAACCUUCAAGAGCACCGAAAGGUUCAUGAGAUCUAUGAGUGUCAGGAUUGUGACAAGAAAUUUAUAUCAGCUAACCAGCUUAGACGGCACAUGAUAACUCAUUCAGAGAAGCGCCCCUACACCUGCGAGGUUUGCUGUAAGUCCUUCAAACGGCUCGAUCAAGUGACUGCACACAAAAUAAUACACAGCGAGGACAAACCUUACCAGUGCAAACUGUGCGGGAAAGGAUUCGCCCAUAGAAAUGUUUACAAGAAUCACAAGAAGACGCAUUCAGAGGAGAGACCAUUCCAGUGCGAGGAAUGUAAGGCUUUGUUCCGCACUCCCUUCUCACUGCAAAGGCACCUGCUAAUACACAACAGUGAACGUACUUUUAAGUGUGAUCACUGUGACGCCACAUUUAAAAGAAAAGACACAUUAAAUGUCCAUAUACAGGUUGUACACGAUGGCCAUAAGAAGUACAAGUGUGAUCUUUGUGACAAAGCAUUUGUGACUCCAUCAGUUUUGAAGAGCCACAAAAAAACUCACACUGGGGAAAAGGAGAAGAUCUGCCCUUAUUGUGGCCAAAAGUUUGCAAGCAAUGGGACACUGAGAGUUCACAUACGAAGCCAUACAGGUGAGCGCCCCUACCAGUGUCCUUACUGUGACAAAGCUUUCAGUAAGAAUGACGGAUUAAAGAUGCACAUUCGGACGCACACAAGGGAAAAGCCAUACCAGUGCACGGAAUGUAAUAAGGCUUUCAGUCAAAAGCGGGGACUUGAUGAGCAUAUGCGGACACACACUGGAGAGAAACCCUUCCAAUGCGAUGUUUGUGACCUUUCAUUCUCCCUUAAAAAAAUGUUGAUCAGACACAAGCUGACGCAUAACCCUAAUCGUCCUAUGGCAGAGUGCCAGCUUUGCCACAAAAAGUUUACAAGAAAUGACUACCUCAAGGUGCAUAUGGAGAAUGUGCAUGGAGAAACCGACAGUUAGGUUGUAGCUGCCAGAAAUGAAAGGGGUACUCCGGUGAAAAACUUUUUUUUU